AUGAAGGCCUUAUUCUCUACUAUUCUGCUAUUUACAGUGUUUUUUGGCCCAGCUCAAUGUGUCACUCCAGUUGUAGCUAAUAAAACUGCAACAACGACUAGUGAAACUACAUUAACGACUAGUGAAACUUCAACAACGGCUAAUGAAACUGUAAGAACGACUAGUGCAACUGCAACAACAAAUAAUGAAACUCCAGCAACGGUUAAUGACGCUACAACAGCGACGCUCUACCCGGACAAUUGCAGUGUUCUGAAAUACGAGAUUGUCUACACCUUGCAAAAUCUGGUCAGGAACGAAUUCAGGCGGAUUUGCUCGUAAGUUGAGGGGAUAAAAAACGAGUUCCUACAAAAAAUUGUCUAUUAUAAAUCAAAUUAAUGUUGUGCUAAGGCAAUCUCAAAAUUUUUGGCCUGGUCCAUGAAGAAAUCAUCUCUUUUGGGCGAUUAGUCACUAAAGACGUGGCGGUCUUCAAAAUAAUAUUUUUUGCUCAAAUUUAGCAACAGUGUCGCAUUGAAUUUUUUUGCGACACAAAUUUUUGCUCCUGCGAAGCUAAAAUUUUUGGUAAUUUAUCUGCUACGGAUCUGGUACAUUUAUAGGCCAUAAUUUGAAAAAAAAUAUAUUUUGUUUCGAGACAUACCCCUAAAAAUUUAAUACCCUGAUUUUUUCAGGCGCAAUGGGCGGGUCUUUAACUUCUUGCAGGAUUGCACGGUAAACGAUGGUAAGUUGGCGUCAACACCUAAUUUUGCUUUUUUUAUUCCAGUCCACUUCAAGAGCAACGAUUAUUACCGGACUUGUCAUCAGAUCAUGGAGAUUCGACGACGUGAUUCAGAGCUAGACUCGUGCUACUUCACAUAUCUCACUGAUGUGCAGCAAAUGUGCGCGGUAAAAGUUGGUGUGACAUUGAAGCGACUUCGCAAUCUAGUUUUGAAAGAAGCUUGUUUGUAAGUCAAUGUGAACGUUCGUAGCCAAAUUAUCUGUAAUUCAGCAAUUUUUUUCGCGUCUCGACUUUUCGGGUCUACAACAAAAUCGAUCGAUACGGGGCGUAGGACAGGUGCACGCCUAAAAAUGUUGUAUACAGGGUGAAAAAUAAAAAAUGCAACCUUUUUCAUGGGUCCUGCCGCGAAAACUUUUAGGUGUAGCAAAAUAUUUUUCAUACCAUUAAAUUCUCUUUGUUUUUCUGUCCUAGUCCUAGAUUUUCAUGCGCAUACCGAUUUACUAUCAUCUUGGUUUUAAGUGCCAAACAGAGGGACCCGACUUUAAACCUGUCUCGGGAAGAAAAAGGACAGUGUAAGAUUGCUAAAUUUGUCGGUGUAAGAAGUGCCUACGGGGCCUGGCAAAGCCGUUGGAUGGUCGGCGAAGGCUCGGCGGAGACUUGGCGAAGGCUUUCAAUAUGUGUAUUCUUUAUAAUUUUCGCUAUUACUAAUGAUAGUCUUCUUUAUCCUGAGUUAUUAUUUUGACGUAUAAGACAAAAACUUGCGGAAAAGACGAAAAUCCGUAACUUUUAUCUAGGUGUUAUUGCUGUCAGUACAUGUAAAAUGCCUCAAAAUAGGUGACAAGCUAUCCUAGGACCCUAUCAAGCUUAUUAUCUCGACUAACUAAGCCUUCUCCUGGCCUCCAUACAACGGCGAACCGGCGCAGUUAUCGUUGUCCCGAACAGUCGCUGACCCGAAAACACGUAGCGCCAUUUCUUUGUAAUUUAUACAAAAUCUGAACAUUGCACUUGGAAGACUUUCUUUAAAUUUGCAAUUUUACAUAAUUUACAGCCCAUUGGUCGACCAAUUUCUUCCAUGCGUUUUCUACCACAUGAACGUGUUCUGCCCGUAUUCUGGAGAGAUCCUGAAGCUCUUUACCUUCCUUCCAUACUACUUUAUUCAACGGAAUCACAAGGAGGAGAAGAUAUUUGAUGCACACAACCCUCAGAGUGAAACCUGCAUGGGAUUGUUCGACAUGCGAAUCCCCGAAACUUACAACAAGAACUUCAUGGAAGUAAAGGACAUGCAGCGGUACGAGGAGUCGGAGAUUGGCAAAACUUACGGCGCAAUUUUUCGCAAGAUCAAUGAGGAAUUGUGGUUUUAUUGA